CGGCGCCGGUGCCUACGGAGGUGCUGGAGUCAGACCUGCCGAGAGCGGUGGCACUUUUGAAAAACCUCCAGGAGCAGUUAAGGAAACUGAUGCUGGGUAAGGUGAUGCGACUUGCCUUUUGGGUGCCCAGCUAAUACACAUUUAUGUAGUGCUAUGCAUUGUAAGUUCAACCGGUACAGAUAAAGGUAAUGGCUGUAACUGCACAAAUUCAAGCUCUGGCGAAAAAAGUUCAAGCUAGAGCCUAUCCAACAGAGAAGGGUCUCAGCCUCUUGGAAGUGAAAGACCAGUUGCUGCUCAUGUACCUUAUGGAUCUGAGCCAUCUCAUCCUGGACAAAGCCUCGGGAGGGUCUCUUCAGGGACAUGCGGCAGUUUUGAGACUGGUGGAGAUUCGCACGGUUUUGGAAAAAAUUCGUCCCUUGGAUCAAAAACUGAAGUAUCAAAUUGACAAACUGGUCAAGACUGCAGUGACAGGCAGCCUCAGUGAGAAUGACCCACUCCGUUUUAAGCCUCAUCCCAGCAAUAUGAUGAGCAAGUUGAGCUCUGAUGAUGAGGAAGAUGAAGCAGAGGAAGGACAGUCUGGGGCUUCAGGGAAGAAAUCUGCAAACGGAGCAGUUAAGAAAUAUGUUCCACCACGCUUGGUGCCGGUACAUUAUGAUGAAACAGAGGCUGAGCGGGAAAAGAAGCGUCUAGAACGAGCCAAGAGACGAGCAUUGAGCAGCUCUGUUAUUCGUGAACUUAAGGAGCAGUACUCAGAUGCUCCAGAGGAAAUCCGUGACGCCCGGCAUCCUCAUGUUACUCGCCAGAGUCAGGAGGAUCAACACAGGAUUAACUAUGAGGAGAGCAUGAUGGUGCGUUUAAGUGUCAGUAAGCGAGAGAAAGGACGACGAAAACGCGCAAAUGUCAUGAGCUCACAACUUCAUUCUCUCACGCACUUCAGUGACAUCAGUGCUUUGACAGGAGAAACCCCUCAUCUUGAUGAGGAUCAGAAUCCUAUUAAGAAGCGGAAGAAGAUACCCAAGAAAGGUCGGAAGAAAAAAGGUUUUCGGAGGCGGCGGUGAUUGUGGGUGUACAUAUUUCUAUAUAUUUUUUGUCAUCCUGAGAUACUUCCAGUUUCACUGUAUGUAGGUCCUUUUUCUCGGAAUUUAUUGUUUGUUCUGGACAUGUGGAAAUCUGUUAAUAAAACUGAUUUUACUUAUGAAUUGAA